CAUCACCUCUAUCUCUCAUUUAGCCCAGAAGAAACGGAAAAAGGACAGGAAGAAACAGCGGCCUGCUGACACUCCAGAGGACCUCCCUGCAGCCCCAGGGCAGUCCAUUGACAAGAGUUACCUGUGCUGUGAACACCACAAAGCAAUGAUUGCCGGCCUUGCCCUGCUGAGAAACCCGGAGCUGCUCCUUGAGACCCCACUGGCAUUGUUGUUGGUAGGCCUGGGUGGGGGCAGCCUCCCCCUGUUCGUCCACGAUCAUUUCCCGAAGUCCUGCAUUGAUGCUGUGGAGAUCGAUCCCUCCAUGUUGGAAGUGGCCACCCAGUGGUUUGGCUUCUCCCAGAGUGAACGGAUGAAGGUCCAUAUUGCAGAUGGCCUGGACUAUAUUACCAGCCUGGCGAGGAGAGAAGCACGGCCCCACUACGAUGUCGUCACGUUUGAUGCCGACAAUAAGAACCCAACACUGGGAAUGAGUUGUUCACCGCCAGCUUUUGUGGACCAGCCUUUCCCGCAGACGGUUAAAAGCAUCUUGACUCCUAAAGAGGUUUUUUGUUCAGCAUCUUUAUCAGCAGAGAUGAGAGUGAAUCUUCCUUGGAGAAGGAUAAUACCAUAAAGGUGGUGAAUACUUAUUCUGCUGGGAAACAAAAGAGUACUUCUUGAGUAAAAAGUAUGCCUCCCAAGUUUAAGCGCCACCUAAAUGAUGAUGAUGUCACUGGUUCUGUGAAAAGUGAAAGGAGAAAUCUUUUGGAAGAUGAUUCAGAUGAAGAAGAAGACUUUUUUCUAAGGGGACCAUCUGGACCAAGAUUUGGACCUAGAAAUGAUAAAAUUAAGCAUGUUCAGAAUCAGGUGGAUGAAGUUAUUGAUGUCAUGCAAGAAAAUAUUACAAAGGUAAUUGAAAGAGGGGAGAGACUAGAUGAACUACAGGACAAAUCAGAAAGCUUAUCGGAUAAUGCAACUGCUUUUAGCAACAGAUCCAAACAACUUCGAAGGCAAAUGUGGUGGCGUGGAUGCAAAAUAAAAGCCAUCAUGGCUUUGGUUGCUGUUAUCCUUUUGCUAGUGAUUAUCAUUCUUACAGUCUUGAAAUACCGUGCUUGAUUUGGUGACAGAGAUCUUCAUUACACAAAAUCUGGGACAACAAUAAUAAAAGAUUGCUGCAUAAUUUAAAUGAAACUUAUGUAUAUAACUUUCAAAACUUCUUUUUCAAGAAACUAAGAGGCAAGUAUCACUUCAAAUUGGAGCAUUGAGAAUGUCCAGUUAUCUUCAUCCCUUCUAACAAAAUGUGUUUUUAAAAAUUAUGUUUAAGGCAAAGGUAACCAGCCUCUAUUAUGCCAUAUUCCAAGGAUCUAAUUUGAAACUAGAUACUUGCCUGUUCAUUGUUUGUACAUGUAAUUAAACAGUGAUCACAAUAUGUCAUACUGUUAUUGUAAGGACUUGCAUUAUUGCAUCGACAUGGGAGUCAGACUGGGAGUCUCGAAGCCUAUGUAGAGUUCCAGAACAUUAUGUAAAACACGUGCAUCGCCACUCCAUCAAUAUUGGCAAGAUUCUUCUCACAUUGCAACUGCUUUGGGAGCAACUUCCACGUGUUCAUAGGUGUAACAAAAGCUAAACGUUGUAAAUGUUGCUGCCUUCGGCUAUAACUAAAACAUUCCAGUAAACCUAUUUUUGACUGUAUAAGGGAAUGUGUAGUAAUGUUUUGGCAUAUGGAAUAUGGAAAUGGAAAAUUUAAAUAAUACAAAAAGCAUAGUAUCGCACCGUAAAACUGGAGAUAAUAAAAUUAUUGGAGAACAUCAUUGGAGUGUUUGAAAGUGAACAACAUGGUCCAGUCUGUUUCCAGUUAGCCUCCAAAAAGGAGGGUCCAGACCCAAUGUGAGUAAAUGAAAUCCACAGGUAACUUAUUCUCUAAUCUUAUUUUCUUUGAUAGCUUCCCUCUUUAACUUCAGCUGGUCCUUCUGCCAGAAGUGCUAAAAGUAGCAAAAUCGCCUGCUUAGAAUUUGCUGCUUUUGCAUUCCCUGAUCAUCCCCGGAGAGAUGCAUGUUGUACAAUCAAGUGUCAAAUUAGCCAACAAUGAUGAGUGUGGAAAGCCAGGAGAUAAUCAUCCAUCAGUCAGUAACCAAAUAGCUAGAGUCACCAUUAAUCUAAGUUUGCUUUUACAGCAAUAAGAUGUAUUGUUAACUUUAAAAUGUGCCAACCUCCUUGUGUUGUUUAAACAAGUCAAAGUGAAAGACGUGGUCCUCAUAUGUGUUCGAGGAGGAAGCUUUAUAAUAAAAUUGGAGGUUCUGCAGAAACUUGUGCACAUGGGUAUGUUGACUAUAUAUACAUUUAUCACUAAAUUUGACGUAGGAUUAAGAGAAGAACCAGUAUUUCAAUAGUAAAGAAAAAUGAUCCUGCAUAGCUUUUAUUUCUUUGGUCAUUUUAAUUCAGAAUUUAUGAAACACAGAAGCUGUUUUGGGGUGUUUUGUUUUGUUUUGUUUUUAAUUCUACAGGAUUAGUAGUAAGACGCAAAAAUGUUCUGUUUAAAUGGAAAGAAAUAAUGAAGGGAGAAAACAUAUUAGGAGAUACUCAAGACACCUGCAAGUUACGCUAAAUUUUAUAGUCCAACAACAUUUCAAAAGAGAUAAUGGUCUUACAUACUCUGGGGUAUUGUCAAUGGUCUCUCUACUCUUCGUAAAUGUCAAUUAAUGUAAAUGACAUAAUAAAUACUAAAUCCUUUGACAAAAUAGGAUGCCCAGGAAAAUGAGCUUUUUUAGACUCUCAGUAGCUAAUACAGUUCAGGAAAGGAAAUGUUGUAACGGGAUGGACAGAAUCAGUCCUAACAUACGUAUGUGUGUCUUUUACUUGGGCCUGGCAUUAGAUUCAUCAGUGGUUAAUUUCCAUUGGUUGGGGGAUAAAUCUGGUUUCUCCAUGAUAGCAGUGAAGAUGAAGAUGAUUUCUCACAUGGCAAUCCACAUUUCCAGUGUUUCUUUUAAUAAAGUAUUCCACUCUUAAAGAAAUAUAAAAAAUAAAAUUAUAAAAUUAUUUUUUAAAAUUUUAACCAUAAAAAUUGAAGUAUUUAUAUGAUAAUAUCGUAUAUAUGUAAUUCUCUUUGUAUUUAAAUAUAUGGCUGCCAAAAGUACUGGUGGUGGGCAUGUCAUUCUGUGUUCUGGUGGUAGCUUGAUUCACAGUUUAUCCUUUUGUCUUUCUUGGUCUUCAUUAAUCCUGAGACCCUUAAAAUGGCUGGUAUGUUUAUGACUUUAUUGUGGUAAUCUUAGAGACAUGAGCCUUCUUACAAUCAAAAACAAAAGAAAAAUAUGUUGUUCAAAUUGAUGUCAGGCCUAUCUUCCUUCCUUCCCUUAAUCAUUCUUUUUCUCAUUCAGCUCAGAUCAUCCUGCACUUGAAAAAUGAAGUUUUACCACUAUCAAAAGUAUCAUUAUUUAACAGCAACGAAGAUCAACAGAAAAAUUCAAGUAGCUUUGUAAAUACUAGUUGGUGCCCAGUGAAAUCAAGUCACUAUUUUUAUAAUGCCCGAAACAUACCCUUAUGAUUUAUGUUUAAUUACUGAAGCCUAUUGCCCUGUAACAAUUUUAUGAUUAUAACACUGAUUAAGUCCUUCUGACUAUAACCCAGUAUCACCAGCGGUCUUUUGGCUUCUCCAUCCUGAAAAAGCUCACUGAAAAUUGCACUCUGACUUUAUGAACUUGGGGGUUUCUUGAUUUAAAGAAAGCUCAAUAUUAAAAAUGGAGCAUUAUCUAAAAUGGAGGAAGAAUGACUAGUACACGUCAGAUGGAGAAAUACAUGCUGUUAGCUUUCCUGUGGGUCACUUACCGUAUAAUUAGUCUGCGUUAGAAAAUAACGUCAGCAUUUCUACAGCAAAAUUUGACAUCAUUCAAUUCUGUGUAGCAAGAAUAAAAAGAAAUUGAAAUUUCUCAUUGUCAAUACAGUCUUCAAUAUGCUUGCUUCCCUGUCAGCUUUGUCGCCCAUACUGACUCUUAUCUACAUCUGUGUGUCUAUACACUGAUUAGAAAACUUGCAAGAAGUUGUUUUUUCAUGUUGAGAAGGAAUGCCAUUAGAAGAGGCCCUUAGCUGUACUGAGUCAGAGUAUUACCAAGUCAAGGAUAGCUAACUGCUCUGUUUCAUUAGUCUAAUUUUGGGUUUUCACAAUAGAAGUGUGAUUGAAGUCUAUUUUAUUUUUCUGUGAGUGCGAAGUGAGGGCAUGAAUCAGUCCAAAAGCAUUUAUACAUUUGUUGUAGAAUGCGUUGUAGUGCUUAUAUUUGUGCAGGAGAUGAUCACAGAGCAAUGUAAAGGCACUUAACUCCUAACGAGCUGAAAGAUGCCCUACUUCUCAGUGUAUCCACUGCCUUUCCCUGUUGUGGACAAACAACCAUAUGUCAGGUGAAUGUGGGGCUCGGGCUGUCUUUAUAGGUUUGAUUUGGUCUUACUCUGACUUCUGAAAAUCAAAUAGAAUAAGGGAUGGGGACACGAACUCUUUGAGUCUGGCUCCUGUUUUAUUGUAAGAAACUUCUUGGAACAGGUCAGGGAAGAAUGGAAAGGAAAGCAUUACCGACCCAAUUAGAGUGGGUAAGUGUAAGCUUGUGAAAACACAGAUAAUACCGUAUUUGUGUGUCUCCAUUGCACCCAGCAGUUUCUAGAUCAGGGUGCCUAGGAAACCACAAAGACACCAGUGUGCUAGUACAAGGGUCCGCUUCCGUAGUCCUCACCGCAGAGAGGACACGAACACAUCAUAGUGGCCUUUGGACUUUACCAGGAGGUAGUAGUGUCCUUUAAUUAUUAUUGGGUAUAGAAAAAUUCUGAUUUUAUAGUAUUCCAUCAGGUUCUUUUCAUUUGAGGAAGUCAAUGAUUUGAUUGCAAGGCUACAAAGUAAAUUGCAUAUCUCAGAGAUUUUAGUAAAAUGUUAAAAUUCAACCACUUGAUUUUUAUGCGUUGGGUAUGUGUCAUUUGAAAUUCCACACUCUUCUAUUUAACCAUUUUGAUAAGUGCCUUUACUGCUUUAAGAUGUAUGGUGGAGAUGAACAAAUGUAAGUGUCAUGUGCCCUGUUCUCUAGCUUCUCCGUUCUUCAUUAACCAUUCUUACCAGUGUUGCAAAGUUUAGAACUUUGUGUUCAUAUCAGCUAUGUAUUUGUAGCCCCUCCAUAAUAAACAAUACAAUAAACUAUUUCAUAGAAAACAAAA